AAGUCUGAAGGAGCUUUCGAGACAACAGAUGGAAAAGUUUACUUCACUGACCAACAGUUCAUUAUAGAACAUCUCAUUGACUUAGAGUCGAAAUAUUCUAAACUUUACAACAAACACAAAAAGUUGAAAGGAAAACAAAAACAAAUGGCAUAUGAUAUUUAUGAAGAUGUUGACGACACAACUGUUCCUGCAAGUGAAGUAAAGUCAGAGAAACCGAAAAGUGACGAAAAACCGAUAGAAGAAGAAAAACCAAAAACUGAAGAUAAACCAAAACCAAAGUUUAGUUUGGAAACUAAACCAAGUCAACCUUCAUUAGCUGGUAUGGGUUGGCGUCAAAGACUUAUGGCAGCAGGCGGUUAUGUAAAGUAA